CGCGACAUCCUCGCGGUCCAAAACACGCUCGAUCGAAAUGAACGAUCGUCGAACGAUAUUACUGAAUGAAAUUCGGCCAAAUUUCAAAGCUAUAUCGAUCGACCUCGCGCGCACUUCGGAUCGCUCGCUUGAGCAUCGCCGUGCGAAUUAUUAAUAUGGCAGACGUUCGUGUCUCUAGUGUUGUUUAAGUUCGUGAAACUGCGAGUGACAAAACAGUGGGUCCUGUUACCGAAGGGCACUGUGAUGUGUAUGAAAUUCUGAUCGCCGCGCGUCCCAACGUCCACGUGCGAGUUCGCGGUUUAACGGGCGCACACGAAAGAGAGAAAGCGCGUGUGCCAGCAUCGGUCCGCCCGUUCGGAAUCGCGCGAGACUCCGAGUCGAGAGAGUCUACCAACAUCGCCAGCCAACCUCGACAGCGAGAGGCACAUCGACGACGUCUCCCCGCGCGCGCGCGCGCGUGAGAGAGAGAGAGAGAGAUAGAGAGAUAGAAAGAGCGAGCGCGAGCGACUGUGUGUUUUUCUUUUGUUUUUUUUAAACAUUCGUCCACUUUGUUUAUCAUCACGGACACGAUGGAAUUUGCCGCGUCGUGAUACGCAGCCGGUGGCGCUGGUCCCAGGUAUAUUAUCGUCUUUGUGCUACGUUUUAAUGUAACCAUCACCGAAACGCCACAGAAAAAAAGAGAUCACAAGUGAUCACAGAUUUUGUGUCAUGGAUCAUUGGCGAUCCUAUAAAAUUAGAAAGUUUUCAAGUGUUGUAUUAGAGAAAAAAAAGUGGAUGUGCUAAUCAAAUCUGUGAGAUACAAGUGUUUGGUGGUGUGCCUGCUUGCGGGCAAAAACAUUUUUUUAAUAGUAGUGCCACCAGGCUAUGGCCAAUUUGAACUUUGAACAACCACCACGCAGUAUUGCGAACGCAAGUCUCACUUCACGCGCAACUGGCGGUGGGGGUUUGAACACUGCGGCCCUCACGGGUCAUGUCACACCUACCUCGGGCAUGUUCUCAGGCUCGUCUGCAAGCACAUCGAGUACAGCCAACUCAGCGAUAGUUGCCACUAACGUUUAUCCCGGAGCAUCGGGCUCUGGUGGUGGACAAAAUAGCCAUCAACAACAGCAACUCUCUCCUAUGGGCAGUAGAGGACUGUUUGGGCAGAGAGCUUUUACUGAUAGACGUACGAUGCCUGCUCUUGGAGCUUCGAAUCCAAUGGGUAGUAUGGGCAGUUUUGGAAUACCUCCAAAUCGCAAUUACGGAUCUCAAGGUGCGGUUAACAAUUUCCACUCUGUUUUUGGGAGUGGAGGUGGUGGAGAUACGAGUACUCCACCUCUAUUAGAUCUCUCAGAGUUUCCCUCCCUAACAAACAGAGGUCAAGGUGAUUCUAUGCCGCAACCUAGUCCCAUGCCGGGGAAACAGCCUUAUGUUGGAAUGGUAAAGCAACCAACAUCCGAAUCGAGCGAGUUUACUAUGAGCUCGGAGGAUUUUCCGGCAUUACCUGGAACGCAAAAUCGAGAAGGCCCAUCACCCGGUGGCAGCAUGUCUGGUGAUAAGAAUAUACCUGUAGGACUCGGUCCCGAAAUCGGGCAAGAUGUGCUACAAGCCAAUAGAGCACCUGGAUCUGAAAAAUCUCAGUCUUCUAAAAGGGGCAUUCAAACAUCGCCCGAUGGCAAGGUAACGAACAUACCUGCAAGUAUGGUGAAGGAUCAAUUUGGUAUGGUUGGGCUUUUGACAUUUAUUAGAGCGGCGGAGACAGAUCCGAAUUUAGUGUCACUGGCGUUAGGCCAAGACCUUACUGCAUUAGGACUAAAUUUGAAUUCACCAGAAAAUCUUUAUCAGAAUUUCGGUGGGCCUUGGGCGGAAACUCCAUGUCGACCGCAAGAUAUAGAUUUUCACGUACCACCGGAGUAUCUUAUAAAUGCCUCGAUCAGGGAUAAGCUAGCGCCAGUUAAAUUAAAUCGAUAUAAAGAUGAUCUACUGUUUUAUAUGUUUUAUACAAAUGUUGGGGAUGUAUUGCAAUUAGCUGCUGCGGCGGAAUUGUACAGCAGAGAGUGGAGAUAUCAUAUGGAAGAAAAAGUUUGGAUAACGCAGGCACCAGGUUUGGGAGUUGUAGAAAAGACGUCGACAUAUGAACGUGGUACUUAUUAUUAUUUUGAUGCGCAAAACUGGAGAAAGGUAGCUAAGGAAUUCCAUUUGGAUUAUGCAAAACUAGAAAGUAGACCUCAUCUUCCUUCGAACUUUCACCAAACUCAGCCUUGACUACAGACUUGUCUGCAGACCAUUGUGCUGUCUUUAAGCUGGGAACGAAUCAGCUAUUGUAUAAAUGAACAAAUUUAAUAAUCUUUAAUAAAAAUAUAAAAUUUCAAGAGUAA